AUGGCAUUGCACAAGCUGACCUUGCUUGGUGAUGGAGGUGUGGGGAAAACUGCUCUUGUUCAUCAGAUCUGCAUGCAACGCUUCCUUGAGACAUACGACCCAACAAUCGAAGAUUCAUACAGAAAGCAGAUUCCCGUGGACGGACAAAAUUGCAUGCUGGAAAUACUUGACACUGCCGGUCAAGAGGAGUAUACAGCACUCCGAGAUCAGUGGAUAAGAACCAGUGAGGCCAUUGUGAUCGUUUACAGCAUCAGUUCACGGUCAUCCUUUUCCCGAGUCAAACGCUUUCAUCGGCAGAUUCAACGUAUCAGAAGUCAUCCUACACCGAUUUGCCUCAUUGGAAACAAGUCAGACAGAGUCACAGAGCGAGAAGUAUCCACCACAGAAGGGUUUGAACUUGCCCUGAAUCUUGGCAUUGAACUUUUUGUUGAAUGUUCCGCUAAGAAUGCUAUCAAUAUUGAAAAAGCAUUCUAUGACCUCGUGCGAUCCCUCAGAGCUCAAAAAAGCGGCAUUGAAGGAUUGUACGAGAGAAAACAGACAAUACUUGGUACCCAGCUUGUCAUUCCAGAAAGAGAGAAUGAAACAUCCUUAGGACGCGAUAAAUUGGCCAGAGCAUUGGUACAUGCUGCAAGAACUAAUAAUUUGACGGAUACAUAUGAACUACUUGACGCAGGAGCUGACAUCAAUGCCCAGCCAAGUAUCUCGGGCAGCGCACUUCAUGAGGCUGCAUCUCUGGGCUAUCUGACUAUGGUGAACACUCUCCUUAAGCAAGGUGCUGGAAUCAACGCAAAGGCUCCAUCUGGGGUUCCACCGUUACAGGGUGCCGCAGCUGGGGGACAUCUCGACGUCGUCAAGUUACUCAUCCAGCAAGGCGCUAAUCGAGACCAGACAAGCGGAGUUCGGGGAACGGCUCUUCACGCCGCGGCAAUGAGAGGCCAUGCGAAGGUGGUCAAGUAUCUACUAAAGCAGGGGGCAAAUCCAAAUACAAAAGCAGGUCCAUACGAGUUUGCGUUGCACGCAGCGAGUUGGUUCGGGGCAGCGGAUACUGUUAAUGCUUUGCUGGACGAAGGUGCCGAGAUCGGACAGCUCACUGAAGAGGGUUGUACAGCACUUCACAUGGCAGCAUUCACUGGAAAUGUGCGGGUUCUCCAGAGUCUUAUCAAUCGUGGGGGAAAGUUACAUAUCAAUGUUGUCUCUACCAGGUUUGGAACUGCUCUGGACGCAGCAGACAACAGUGGCCACUUCGCAGCUGUGCAGCUUCUGCGGGACGAGAAAGCAAAAAAGUCGGGACUUCAACUAUCGAAGUGGAAUAACAGGCCAAAUCUUUUAGGUCCACCAGAAACGAACAGACAGAAUGGAUCGUCAAACCCAGAUGUCAAUGACGGACAGAAUGAUGAAAUGAGUGACAAUGAGGACGAUAAUCAGCAAAUCGAAGAACAAAGCCAAUCGCCCACUUUAAACAAUCACAUACCUAAUGGAAAGGCUCUAACAUCGGAGUCUGGAUAUGACUUCGCCAACGAGCUAAGGACUCCUAUACCCCCAAGGCCACCGAUUCAGAAUUUGGGAUUCACAACUCUGCAUAAUCCUCCAGAAGCAAGAUCCGAUAUUGUAUUCGUUCACGGUUUGCAAGGUCACCCUGAAAAGACAUGGACAUUCAAAAACGAACCAGAAAAUGUUCCGCUUACGUGGCGGGAGAAGCUUCUUCGCCAGAGACGGAUAAAGCGAGCUGUGGGUACUACAGUCUACUGGCCAUAUGAUUUACUAUGUCAACAUGUGGAAUUUAUGUCUUCCAGGGUUAUGACCUGGGGGUACGACACGAAAGUUAUGCGAGAGUUUCUCGGAGGCUCCAGCAAGAGAGGAGAGAUAAUUUUGGGCGGCAUCAUAGUAAAGACGGCACUAGCCAUCUCCAAGAAUUCCCAGUACCAACCUCAAUACCUGCCCGUUUACUCAUCCCUCUUGGGUAUAGUAUUCCUAGCAACUCCUCACAAUGGAAGCGGAACAGCAGGCUGGGGCCUAAUUGCUAGUAAUCUUGCCAAAUUCGCUCUCCAGCGACCUUCGACGAGUGUUUUACGAGGACUGAAGCCCAAUAACGAAGUGCUUGUGAAUCUUCAGCGGACAUUUCUUCAAAUGCUUGAAGAUGGACACUUCACUAUCCAUUCGUUUUGGGAGACUGUACCUAUGUCUGGCAUUAAAGGUCUCAAGGGCCUUGUUGUUCCUUAUGAGUCAGCUACAGUUGGCCAUGCUAAAAAGGAAAUAUGCUUAGGGAUAACUGCGACCCAUGCUAGCAUUUGCAAAUUCUCAGGACCGAGUGACCCUGGAUAUCAAGCCGUCUUUGGGGCGUUACAAGACUAUAUAAGAGCUUCGGCCCACGCUAAAUAG